AUGUGCCUGCCGCCACGCACAAAGGUCCGGCACGCACGCACGGAGGCCCCGCCCGCCCGGCUAUAUUUCCCUGCCCUCGUGGUAGAGGCCCCGCCCACAGGCGCAGAUCUGCCUGCCGCCACGCACAAAGGUUCGGCCGCGGCGGCGGGCGGGCGCCUCCCCCGCGGGGGCGGGCCGGGCGCGGCGGCGGCGGCGGCGGCAGCGGCAGCGGCGGGCGCGCUGCUCGGCGCCUGUCUGGAGCGCCACGGGGCGCCUGUGGCCGCGGAGCUGCCCGCGCCGGGAGGAGCCUCGGCGGGCGGCCCCGGCGGCGGCGGCGCGGGCGGCGUGGCCGAGGUGAGGCCGUGGCGCUGCGGCUGCCUGGGCAGCACCUGUUGGUGCCGGAGCCUGGUGCUGGCGUGCGUGCUGGCCGCGCUGUGCGGCGCGUCGCUGGCGCUGGCCCGCCGCUCGCUGCAGCACCUCCUGCUCUGGGUGGAGAGCCUCGACUCGCUGCUCGGCGUGCUGCUCUUCGUCGUGGGCUUCAUCGUGGUCUCGUUCCCCUGCGGCUGGGGCUACAUCGUGCUCAACGUGGCCGCCGGCUACCUGUACGGCUUCGUGCUGGGCAUGGGGCUGAUGGUGGUGGGCGUCCUCAUCGGCACCUUCGUGGCGCAUGUGGUGUGCAAGCGGCUGCUCACCGCCCGGGUGGCCGCGCGCAUCCAGAGCAGCGAGCAGCUCAGCGCCGUGAUUCGCGUGGUGGAGGGGGGCAGCGGCCUGAAGGUGGUGGCGCUGGCCAGGCUCACCCCCAUCCCGUUCGGGCUGCAGAACGCCGUGUUCUCGAUCACUGAUCUCUCCCUCCCCAACUACCUGAUGGCGUCCUCGGUGGGCCUGCUUCCCACCCAGCUCCUGAAUUCUUACCUGGGCACCACCCUGCGGACCAUGGAAGACGUCAUUGCCGAGCAGACUCUUAGCGGAUACUUCGUUUUCUGUUUACAGAUAAUUAUAAGUAUAGGCCUCAUGUUUUAUGUCGUUCAUCGAGCUCAAGUGGAACUCAAUGCGGCCAUCGUAGCCUGCGAAAUGGAACUGAAAACCUCUCUGGUCCAAGGCAACCAGCCAGCUCUCAGCGGCUCCUCAUUCCCCAGCAAGAGGACCCUCGCGUUCUCUGGAGGCGGAAUCAACAUCGUAUGAUGCUAACGAAAUGGGUGGUCGUCAAGCGCUUCCUGUGCGGUCCCAAGAUCUCGUGACGUCUCACUUAGCGGGCAGUGACAACUUCAGAUUGUCUGACGGCACGAAAGAAGUGAACUGGUUUUUGAAUUGCACAAUAUUUUUUAAAGCGAACAGUUGUCUACUGGAUAAGGACCUGUAAAUGUCAACGCAAUUUUGGCUGCACCUCUUUAUAAUUUUUGUGCCUGUAAUGGCCUAGAGAUCUGCACUUUAGUGUUUUAAAAUUUUCUUUCCAGGUACUUAAGAACAGAAAAUCGUUCCCCUCCUCAAUCAAUGUCC